AAUGUCAAACUUUCCAUUGGAUGUUUUUGCCGAAAUCCUCUGUCGAUUACCCGUUAAAUCUGUCGUACGUUGUAAGUGCGUAUCUAAAUCUUGGCUCACUCUUAUUGAUAGUCCUGAGUUUUCUAAUUUGCAUCUCAAUUAUUCACUCCAACUCAAAACAGCCAAUUCUAACCUUUUCUUGAUCUUGAGAAAGGUUGAUUAUUAUGGCUAUGGAAAGCGUUGCUUUUACUCUCUACACUUUGAUUCUCUCAACUCUAGAGUUGUUACUCCUAAAGAGUUGACCAACCCUUUGUUGUCUAGUGAAUAUAGUACAAAGGUUGUUGGUUCUUGUAAUGUGUUGUUGUUGAUAUCAAAUACUGUGCAUGACAUUGCUUUAUGGAACCCUUCUACUGGAAAGUACAAGAAGUUACCAGUUCUUGGUGUUGGUGAUAAUCCUGUUCAUGUUAGUUUUGGUUUUGGUUAUGAUGUUAUCAAUGAUGAUUAUAAGGUUGUCCGUAUUGUGCAGUUUUCUGGUUCUAAGAAAGGUUCUUUUCGCUCUGAUGUUAAGGUUUAUAGUUUGAAAUCAAGUUGUUGGAGAGGGGUUGAUGGACAACUUCCUUAUUUCCUUCGAUAUGUAGAUCAACCAGGUGUAUAUCUAAAUGGUUCAUUGCAUUGGGUUCCUAGUGCUAAGUGUUAG